AUGUGCUGGAAACGCAUGGAGCAGCGUGUAUAUCUGUGCCACCACAACGCCAUAGACUGGGUCCCGAUCCAGUGUCGCGCCCCCAACUGCAAGCUCAGUCCGAUGCACCCCAAUACAUGCACAGGGCCACGAUGCGCACAAACCUGCUACCAAGGACGCCAGGAGCCCGAACGGGCAGAACCAUGGUACAUUCAGGACCUGUGCCCCGCAUGCAGGUCGGCUGGAUUUGCGCUCUGA